GACACAUAAGCUCAACCCAAGAGACCUAGUCAAUGUCGGAAACGACAAAAAGUUGUUACUUAGUAGGUCAGCGAAGAAACUUCGCACCAUCCUUUUUGUUAAUUGUAAUUAACUAACUCUAUUUCUGUCCUUCCUCAGACAAUUUCAAACAAACAUUUCUCAAAAAAUAAAACUCUCCUUCUUCUCUCUCUCCUCCAAUUGGGUUCUUGAUUUUUUCCACCUAGGUGGAAAAAUCUCGUCUUUUUCUCUUCUCCUUCCCCCAUCCAAUUGGAAUUUUUAUUUUUUAUUUUUUUCGUUUAUUUUUUACUAGAGAGAGAAAAAGAGAAAGAGAGAGGCAUGAAUCCGAACUGGGAGUUGAAGAAUUGUUGCCAGCAUGAUCAAAAAGUUUUUCUUGCAACAGUUGGUGUCUUCACUCUCGUCAUUCUCGCUUUAUGGAGGACAUUUUUACUAACACCUUUUAAGCUCAUUACUGUAUUUCUUCAUGAAGCAAGUCAUGCAAUUGCUUGUAAGCUCACUUGUGGUAAGGUGGAGGGUAUCCAAGUCCAUGCAAAUGAAGGUGGGGUGACGCAAACACGAGGUGGUGUGUAUUGGCUGAUUUUGCCGGCUGGAUAUCUUGGUUCAUCAUUUUGGGGUAUGGUUCUCAUCCUUGCAUCAACAAAUCUUCUCACUGCAAGGAUUGCUGCUGGAUGUCUUAUUCUCUCUCUUCUUAUUGUGCUUUGCAUUGCUAAAAAUUGGACGCUACGGGGACUUUGCAUUGGAUUUAUUAUUUUUAUUGGUAUUAUAUGGGUUCUACAAGAGAUGACUAAAGUUCGCAUUCUCCGCUAUAUUAUUCUAUUCAUUGGAGUCAUGAAUAGUUUGUUCUCAGUUUACGAUAUAUACGAUGAUUUGAUAUGUCGGAGGGUUCACUCUAGUGAUGCCGAGAAGUUUGCAGAACUGUGCCCUUGCCCUUGUAAUGGUGCUGCAUGGGGAGUAAUUUGGGGAAUGAUAUCUUUCAUAUUUCUUUGUGGAGCUAUUUAUCUUGGACUUGUCAUCUUGUCUUGAGGAUUUAUGUUCAACUCUGGGAGAUGGCAGGAUCUUCAAAAUUCUUCAAUGAAUUAAUGUAGACCUAAUUCACUAGUCUCAUUCUUUUAUCUCUUCUGUACGGACAUAUUUUUAGUUUGAUUCAGAUUGUACAGCAGGAGGACCGAAUUCAAAUUUAUUUAUUAAUUUUUUAAUAUUCGUACCA